AGGGGGCUGCGCACCAUGUACCGGCGGCGCUCGCAGUGCUGCCCCGGCUACUACGAGAGUGGGGACUACUGCAUACCACUGUGCACAGAGGAGUGUGUGCAUGGAAGAUGUGUCUCUCCUGACACGUGUCACUGUGAACCAGGCUGGGGAGGGACUGAUUGCUCAAGUGGCUGUGACAGCGAGCACUGGGGGCCCCACUGCAGCAACCGCUGCCAGUGCCAGAACGAAGCGCUCUGCAACCCCAUCACGGGCGCCUGCGUGUGCGCCGACGGCUUCCGCGGCUGGCGCUGCGAGGAGCUCUGCGAGCCGGGCACCUACGGCAAGGGCUGCCACUUCCAGUGCCAGUGCCACCACGGCGCCACCUGCGACCACCAGACCGGAGAGUGCCACUGCGCGCCCGGCUACACCGGCGUGUUCUGCGAGGAGCGGUGUCCCCCCGGCAGCCACGGCGCGCAGUGCGAGCUGCGCUGCCCCUGCCAGAACGGGGGCGUUUGUCACCACAUCACUGGGGAGUGCUCCUGUCCUGCUGGAUGGAUGGGGCUGGUGUGUGCACAGCCUUGUCCUCCUGGAACCUUUGGAAUUAACUGCAGCCAGGACUGUCCAUGCCACAACGGAGGGCACUGUGACCCCGUGACAGGAAAAUGCCUGUGUACAGCUGGCUACAUAGGAGACAGGUGCCAGGAGGAGUGUCCCAUCGGCACCUACGGCUUCCAGUGCGCGCAUGCCUGCGCCUGCCAGAACGGCGCCAAGUGCUACCACGUCAACGGGGCCUGUAUCUGUGACCCUGGCUUCAAAGGCAUCCACUGCCAGGAGAGAAUGUGUCCUGAAGGCUUCUAUGGCCUCAAGUGCAACAGGAGAUGCCCCUGCAAUGUUACCAACACCCUCAGUUGCCAUCCUCUGUCUGGGGAGUGCAGCUGCAAGGCUGGCUGGGCUGGGCUCUACUGCAACGAGACGUGUCCCGUGGGCUACUACGGCGAGGGCUGCCAGGUGCCCUGUCCCUGCCACAACGGGGCCGACUGUGACAGCAUCACUGGCAGCUGCAUCUGUGCCCCAGGCUUCAUGGGAGAUGACUGCACCAUUCCCUGCAUGGCAGGGACCUAUGGAACCAAUUGCUCCUCGGUCUGUAACUGCAAGAACGAUGGCACUUGUUCUCCUGUGGACGGGCUGUGCUACUGCAAAGAAGGGUGGCAAGGAGUGGAUUGCUCUAUUCCCUGUUCAAGUGGAAGCUGGGGGCUGAACUGUAACCAGACGUGUUCCUGCAGCAAUGGAGCGUCCUGCAGGCCAGCUGAUGGCUUCUGCCUCUGCUCCCCAGGAUGGCAGGGGGAGUUCUGUGACCAGCCUUGUCCUGAUGGAACAUAUGGCCUUAAUUGCAGCGAGCGCUGUGACUGCAACCACGCGGACGGGUGCGAUCCUGUCACCGGCUACUGCUGCUGCCUCGCGGGCUGGACAGGCAUCCACUGUGACAACAUCUGCAGCCAGGGCCGCUGGGGACCCAACUGCUCCAUCUCCUGCAGCUGUGAGAACGGGGGGUCCUGCUCCCCUGAGGAUGGAACCUGUGACUGUGCACCGGGAUACAGAGGGCCCUUGUGCCAGAGAAUUUGCCCCCCCGGGUUCUACGGGCACCACUGCAGCCAGCCGUGUCCCCAGUGCGUGCACAGCAAUGGUCCCUGCCACCACGUGUCCGGGCUGUGUGACUGCCUGCCGGGCUUCUCGGGGCCCCUCUGCAACCAAGUGUGUCCCAGUGGGAAGUUUGGGAAGGACUGUGCUGAGGUGUGUCAGUGCACCGAGAACGGGACCUGCAACCCCAUCGACGGCUCCUGCCAGUGCUUCCCGGGCUGGAUCGGCAUGGACUGCUCCCAGACUUGUCCCACUGGGUUUUGGGGCCCUGAUUGCUUUCAUUCAUGCAACUGCCACAACGGAGCACAGUGCAGCCCCUACGAUGGAGAAUGUAGAUGCACCCAUGGCUGGACGGGGCUCUACUGCACUCAGCGUUGCCCAGCUGCUUUUUAUGGGAAGAACUGUGCCAACGUGUGCCAGUGCCAGAACGGGGCCGACUGUGACCACAUCACCGGGCAGUGCACGUGCAGGACGGGCUUCACAGGCAAACAGUGUGAGCAGAAGUGCUCUCCAGGAACAUUUGGUUAUGGUUGCAAACAAUUGUGUGAGUGCAUGAACAAUGCAACGUGUGACCACGUCACAGGCACUUGCUACUGCAGCCCAGGCUUCAAAGGAAUCCGAUGUGAUCAAGCGGCUCUUAUGAUGGAAGAAUUAAACCCCUAUACUAAAAUUAGCCCUGCUCUUGGAUCAGAGAGGCACUCAGUGGGAGCAAUCAUUGGAAUUAUUAUUCUCCUUCUAAUUAUUAUGGUCUUGCUGGCACUCUUUGUGUGGUAUCGACGGAAACAGAAGGAGAAGGGCCAUGACAUGCCAAGUGUAUCUUACACUCCAGCCAUGAGGAUGACUAAUACAGAUUACUCACUUUCUGAUAUAUCCCAGGGUAGCAGCAGUGUUCACUGUUUUUCCAAUCCAAGCUACCACACUCUCUCAUGUGGGGUGACUUCACGCUUCUUUCCCAGUAAUCUGGAUGGAAACAGCUCCUGGAAGCUCAGUAGCAAAAUCCUUGACAGAGAAACUGCAGACUGGAGACCCUACAGCUAUCUGAAUGAACUAGGUGCUUGUGGGAUGGAUAGACGUCAGAACACAUACAUAAUGGAAAAAAGCUUCAAAGAUUAUAUGAAAGAAUCUGUGUGCAGCUCCAGCACUUGUUCCCUGAACAGCAGUGAAAACCCAUAUGCCACCAUUAAAGACCCCCCCAUUUUAACCUGCAAACACUCCGAGAGCAGCUACGUGGAAAUGAAAUCACCUGGUCACAGGGAGUCCCCGUAUUCUGAAAUGCCAACUUCAUCAACAGCCAAUAAAAACAUCUACGAAGUUGAGCCCACUGUCAGCAUAGUCCAAGACGCCCGCAGCCGGAGUGCCAGCUACCUUCAGAGCCCCUAUGACCUGCCCAGGAACAGUCACAUUCCCGGGCACUACGACCUGCUGCCCGUCCGGCACAGCCCCACGCACGGGCCUUCCUGGGACAAGCAGUCCUAGAGGAUGGACUUCACUGGGCACUGUGCUGCCAACACAGACUGUGAGGAAGCAGAGGAGAAGCCAUUCCUUCCUUUCCUGCGGACUGGCAAGGACUUUACGGGACAUCAGCUUGGGCCAACUGCUGCUGCUGCAUGAUGUUAUUUAUAAAGACAUUUUUGUAUGGGUACCUGGAACUA